AGGCGGUGGAGAGAUGCGCAGCCUUUAGGGUUGAGAUCCGCCCCCGGUCCCGGUUAAUCUUAACCUUAGCGGACGGUGGAUCUCUUGGCAUUAUUGCGGAGUUGAUGCCAUGAUAUCCACGGCAAAUAUAUAUAUAAACACCCUCGUCCAGCCCAAUCCAUCCUGAGUCCAACGCGAGUCUAUACACUUGAACAAGUCCCGACAUUCAUUGUACUCUGUCUUGAACCCAAUUCACAAUGGCUUUGACGCAUCCCUUGGAUCCUCUGUCACCCAGGGAAAUUUCCAAUGCCGCAGGCAUCGUACGCUCUAAAUUUCCGGGAGAGAGCCCCAUCUUUCGUGUGAUUACACUAAAGGAACCUCCCAAGCAGGAGAUGAUCUGCUUUUUAGAAAAGGAGCAUUCUGGGCAGCCGCUAGAUGGACGCCCUACUCGGAUAGCUCGUGUACAGGUGGUCACCCGCAGUGAAUCCAAGAAUAAGCUAUUUGAGCUGCUGGUCGAUCUCGACCAUGCUGCCGUUACUAAGCUGGAGCAUCUCGUAGGCAAGCAUUCUUACAUUGACUCUGGCUACAUGAAAUCGGUUGAGAAAGCCUGCUUGGCCGAUGUGAGAAUUCAGGGAGGGAUCCGAAAGCUCGAGCUGCCCCCGGGAGCAUCAGUCGUUGUUGAAGCGUGGGCGUACGCUCCGGACGGGAUGAAUGACAUGUCCGAGCGUGUCACGAUGUGCUGGUUUUAUAUGCGCCUAUUCGACAACCCUGAUGCCAACUACUACGCCUACCCGCUGGACCUCUGUGCGGAAGUGUCCGAACAACUUCAGGUAACAAAGAUAUAUCAAUUGCCCUCCUCUGUAGACGAGCGUAUCCAUGAUCACCCACAGCCAUAUGAUCGUCGCAAAAUUCAUUCCACUGAAGCAAGCGAAUACCACCCCGGCCUGCGACCAUCACCGCGCCAAACUACCAAACCCUACCAAGUAGUCCAGCCCGAAGGCCCAUCGUUCAACGUCCAAGGCAACGUUUUAACAUGGGAGAAAUGGCGCAUGCAUGUAGGGUUCAACUACCGCGAAGGAUUGACCCUCCACGAUAUUCGCUACGACGGCCGUAGUCUUUUCUAUCGCCUGUCUCUGGCUGAAAUGUUUGUGCCGUAUGGAGAUCCCCGCGCUCCGUACCCUCGCAAGGCAGCCUUCGAUCUAGGGAAUGACGGGGCCGGCAUCAAUGCCAACAACUUGCGUCUAGGCUGUGACUGUCUGGGGCUGAUCAAGUAUUUCGAUGGCUGGCACAAUACCAACUCUGGAGAGCCCUUGAAGCUCCCCAACGUCAUCUGCUGCCAUGAGCAGGACGACGGGAUUCUAUGGAAGCACACCAACUUCCGCACGCAGAAUGCAGUAGUCACUCGUUCCCGCGUGCUGGUUUUACAAACUAUCAUCACUGUCAGCAACUACGAGUAUAUUUUUGCAUUCUAUUUUGGCCAAGACGCAUCGAUCCACUACGAGGUCCGCGCUACGGGAAUCCUAUCAACCUGCCCCAUCAACAUCGGCGACAAAGUCCCAUACGGCACAACCGUCGCACCAGGCGUCCUUGCCCCAUACCACCAACAUCUCUUCUGCCUCCGCAUAGACCCAGCUCUAGACGGCCACUCCAACUCCCUCCAAGUCGAAGAAUCCAUCCCCAUGCCAAUCAACGACCCAACCAGCCACAACCCCUUCGGUGUAGGCUACACAACAACCAGCCAAAUCAUCGCCCACGAACAAGGCCUCGACCUCGACGCCUCCAAAAACCGCACCUUCAAAAUCAUCAACGAACACAAAAUAAACCCCAUCACAGAUACCCCCGUUGGCUUCAAACUCCUCCCCUGCUACAGCCAAAUGCUCCUCGCCCACCCCCAAUCCCACCACGCCAAACGAUCCGAGUUCGCCUCCCACGCCAUCUGGGUUACCCGCUAUCAAGACGACGAGCUAUUCCCCUCAGGCCGACACACAAUGCAAUCUGCCGGCGGCGAGGGAAUCGCCUCGGCGAUCAAGAAUCGCAAACGAUCCAGUGUUGGAUCCUCCGUUCGAAAUGAAGAUAUCGUCGUCUGGCAUACUUUCGGGUCCACCCAUAACCCGCGAAUUGAAGACUGGCCUGUUAUGCCGGUUGACAAGAUGGUGGUUGGGUUGAAACCGGUUAACUUUUUCUCUGGAAAUCCGGCUCUCGAUGUCGCGGUUUCGACCAAGGAGAGGAACAAGAGUUUUUUGGUUGAGGAUGCCGCGGUGAAGGCGUCGGGGUGCUGUAAAUUGUAGGUUUUAGGUCUGGUGUAGAUAGGGUGCUGUGUUUUUGUUUCUGGAAGGUUGUUGUGUUGGUUAUAGGAUGUUAUCUAUUCUGUUGUGGUUUUUAUCCCUCUAUAUACUAGCUACUUUCGUUUAUCGCCUUGCUAGAUAUAUCGAUAUGAAGAUCACCAUACGCGGUUUGUAGACAUUCUUUCGAAUAAGAUAUAUU